UCAAUGCAUGCCCCUUAUACAAAUUCAGAGAUUUGAACUAACAAGAGAAGUGGCGAUGUGAUAUUAUUUGAAGCCGCUAUGACAACUAUAAAUUAUGCCAUCUCAAAUGCCAACAUUACCGGCGAGGGCCAGGGGGCAAGGCUUCGAAGAAAAUGUUCACUGUGUCAGCUUCCAUUCAAGUCAGCUGAUGAUUUCACAAGACAUUUAAGAGAUUUCCAUUGUUUAAAAGAGUGUGGCUCUUUUGUGUGCAGCUAUGUGAAUAAUGUGUGUCCCUCCUUGCCGUUAGAGGGGGUUAGUGACAUGGACUAUGAAAACCAUAUAGCUCGGGACCAUGUUCAUUCGUAUCAACAACAUGGUAUAGGCCAAAAGAACAGUGCUGGAGUAAUGGCAUCAUAUGUGUCUGAUCAUAACAAAAAAGAAGAGCCAAGUGUUGUCCAAUAUCAACAUAAAUGGACAAUAUACAAGUCAUGUGUAAACCUUCCAGCAGCACUAAAUGACCCACUGCGUUCAAAGCGUGAAUAUGACUUUUUCACAAAAACUUGGGGUCAAGAUUUUUAUGAAAGAACAGAAGUUCCACCUUCACCAUAUCUGAUUCAUAUUUCCAGAGAACAUUUCCAGAAGUAUAGACAUAGAAUAUCAAAGAGAUAUAAGAAGCAUGUUCAUAAAACCAAUCAGUUCUUUCAAGAAUCUCCAGGUGGGGAAACCUUCUUACAGCAGCUUGAAAAGAACAGAGCUGAGUUACAACAAAUACCUAAACUGUUCCUUUUACCAAAUUUUGAACUGGACAAUAGUGAUACUUUCAAUGCUGUGUUUCCAUGGCAACAAAUUGAGUCGAAAAAUCAUUCCAAGUCUUCUAGUCCUACUGCUUCUGGACCACAGUCAUCAAAACUCCUCCAGGAAAAGUUAAGUCAUUACUUAGAUAUAGUGGAGGUGCAUAUAGCCAAACAAAUAUCAACCAAGUCCGACGCAUUUUUCCAGGCCAUGUCCCGUCAGGACAAACUCCAGGAGAACAUGCUGCAAACAUGUCAAACAAUUAAACGGCUGAGGGACAGAGUGAAAACUAUUGAUGACUAUCUGGCCAAAGGAUCUUUAAAAAUAAUCAAAUUGUAUCGUACCAGAGCUAAUUAUGCACAGCUUUAUAAUAAACUUAAGAUGAUGGCCACAGUGCACCAAACCCAGCCCACCAUACAGUUGCUGCUGUCUACUAACGAGUUUGUUGGUGCCCUGGACCUGAUCUCCACGACACAGGAAGUCCUCUCACAGGAGUUAGCAGGUGUCCACAGCUUUAGACACCUUGGUUCCCAGCUGGCAGAGAUGGAGAAGGUGAUCGAUCGUAUGCUGCAGGAAGAUUUUGCCAAAUAUGUGUCUUCAGACCUGAACAGGCCAGUCACCGACCCCGAACUCCUACAGGAGGAGGAAAAGCUUGUGUCCCUGGUGUUUGGUAUGAUUCGGCGUGGCCGGUAUAACUUUGUGGAUGUUUACCGGGAGGAGGCAUUGACAGCUGUACGGGCCACUGUCAAACAGAUUGCCCUUGGCAAAACUGCUCUGAAAUAUAUAGCCUACUUCAGUUCACCUGUCGAUGCAUUGUCAGCUAUCAAGUCCGCUUUUGGUCCAUUUUCUUAA